AUGCACGGGACGGAGGAAUGCCGUCCGGGCCCGAUCAUGAUACGAUACGUUCAAGACCUGCAAUUGGCAGCCGAGGACAUUUUCCAGUUUUUGAAGCGCGUGGCAAUUGCGAUCAUGUGGUACGACUCUGUUUUGUAG